ACACAAUGCCUGUCGAUCCACCUCCCCCUCCUCCUCCUGGGGCCCCACACCACUUCCCCCCGCCCCCGAUUCGGGUCAUUCCAACUCACGCCAGUAUUCGACAAUUCUCGGGAGGCGAGACCGAUUUUUCGGCGCGACAGUUUUUAGAUUUGUGUGAAUCUGCCAUCGUAAAUUCCUCCAUUACGGAAGAUCAUGAUAAAAUCGCUUUCAUUCGGUCACGGUUACUUCCAGGCUCUCGGGCACUGAAUUUGAUGCAGUCCUCAGCGUUCGCUUCGGGGGACAUUGGUGUAAACUAUGAGGUUUUUAAAGGAAAUUUCAUUAAAAUCUUCGGGGGCGGGAGUAAACCAAGCAUCGUUAGACAGAUGGCGCACACGGUUGAGUCCCUCCAAAAAAAUUCCUCAACAAAGCCGAUUUGGGACGCCAUGAUUGAGGCAAAUCAGCUGGCGGUUGACUGUGUCAAGAGCUUGGAAGACGCGCUCUGGCUUCCAGGGGGCUGUAUGCAAAAGCACCAGGUGAAGACAGCUUUCGAGUUGUUUUUUUACUUAUUUCAUAUUUCAGAGAAGAACCGCCGUUCUGCCCUCCCUUUGGCCUUCAAACCGAGCGGGAAGUUGGUUGACUUCGUCUCAGAGUUAGAGGUCAAGGUUCAGGAACACCCUCACCAUCAACCCCUCGCCCCAGCUGCAGCAUUGCAGGCACAAAGUAAGGCAUCUCUCACAUGUAGUUUUUGCAAACAAUCAGGACAUUCUGAGCAUUCUUGUUUCGCGAAACGUAGGGAGUCAACACAUUCAAGACAGGGCUCAGAUAGGAGGUCAGGAGCUUACAGGGGCGGGCAUCAUUCAUCACACAGGAACCCUAGGCCAAACCAUCAGCGGAAGGCUGCCUUUUGCCAUAUCCACGGGAAUUGUUUUCAUGAUUCAGACAGUUGUUCUGCAAUACAAAAGGCCAAGGAGGUACAGAAGUACAAGUCCUCAGCGGACAGUAAACCACACUCCUCUUCUCAGAAUAAAAAGACAUGACUUCGUGACAGCCCCGAGGCGUACAUCCAAGUGUCCCUUAAGGAAAAUACUAAUUGGGAGCAACUUGACUCCGUCAUUGCCGCCUUGGGACGGACAAGCAUAAUUGCCCUCCCUUGCAAGGUGGGCAACACUUCACUCACCUUAGCGGUUGACACAGGUGCCACAGUCAAUGUCAUAUCCGACUCCGCUUACAGGUCACUGACACGACAAGCGAGUGGGAAAAUUGGCCGCUCCAAGAGAACGACCUGAAUGUGAUAGGCGUGACGGGCACCACUUUGGGAAUCCUUGGGCGAGUACCACUAACAGUCAGCUUACAUGAAAAAGUAUGUCCCUUUCGAGAUUUCUUUUAUGUCUCUAGCAGGUUUGCUUUACCUGUGGAUGGGAUCUUAGGCUUGACCGCCAUGAAAGACCUGCACAUCGCCAUAAACCCUGUAAGCAACGCGAUCGUGUAUCAAGGCCGACGCAUACAGGGGUUGGUCAAUCCAUCGCCUCUGUCAACUGUAAUCUCACCCUCAGAGGUGGAAAAUGACCAACCCACCACAGACUCAGGGGCUGCCACCGCCCAAGUGUCCCCUCUUACGGUCAAACCGCACGAAACCAUUGCAGACUUGUGGCGGACAGUAACGGCAGUCGUAGAAGGUCCUCAUAUAGUUCCGGAUCGUGCUGCAAAACUUGUUAAAAUCCGUUUGUCUAACGCCCCUCCGGCGGGCAGUGAUGUGUGUAUCGACGGAGUUCCUCACGUACACCGCGUGACGGUGGAGGUAACUCUUGCAACAGUCAAGGAGGGAGGUUUUGCAGAGGCAUUGGUAAUAAACACGUCUGGAUCCCCUGUAUCCUUAAAACACGGUGUUCGAUUAUGCCAGUGUCUAGUGUAUGGGAGAAAUGUCGCCCCGGAACCAGCUGAAUACCCUUCAGCCCAAGUUUCAGGCAUAUCCUCGGCGUGUCAGGCUUCUCCCGAACAAGACACAGCUCAUUUAGAGGCGUUCCUAAAAGUUGCACACUAUUCCGAAAUUAAGCCAACCUUAGUCCAGCUUCUGGAGCAUUAUCGGGGGGCGCUUGCUCUACCAGGCGAGCCGCUUGGAGUUACGCAGUGUGCUGAACACCACAUUAAGUUAAAACCCAAUACAAAUCCUGUAUAUAUCAAUGCGUACAAGCUCCCCCACAGUCAGAGGGAGGUGGUGCAACAACUUAUCUCUGAAAUGUUAGAACAAGGUGUCAUCAAAGAAUCGAAUUCCC